GGCGGGGCGGGGAGGUGUCCACACUUGUGCUGUGCGAUUGGGAGAGAGGGGCUGAGGGAGCCGGGCCGGGCCGGGCCGCGCCGUGCGUGCGCGCUGCACGAAAAUGCACUCGGAUGGCGCCGCUGUCAAUUUUCAACUGAAUUCUCACCUAUCAACACUGGCAAAUAUUCACAAGAUUUACCACACCCUCAAUAGGCUGAAUCUGACAGAGGACGUUGGUCAAGACGAUCACCAGACAGGAGAGAGACUUUCAAAGAUACGAAGAAUAGGAAGUCUCCGGUCUUGCAGUUCAUCAGACUGCUUUAGUAAAGUGAUGCCUCCAAGGAAAAAGAGGAGACCUGCAGCAGGAGAUGAUUUAUCUGCUAAGAAAAGUAGACAUGAUGGUAUGUAUAGAAAAUAUGAUUCAACUAGAAUAAAAGCAGAAGAAGAAGUCUUUUCAAGUAAGAGAUGCUUAGAAUGGUUCUAUGAAUAUGCAGGCACUGAUGACAUUGUAGGGCCUGAAGGUAUGGAGAAAUUUUGUGAAGACAUCGGAGUAGAACCAGAAAAUGUAGUUAUGCUUGUAUUAGCGUGGAAGUUGGAUGCACAAAACAUGGGCUACUUUACAUUACAAGAAUGGUUAAAAGGAAUGACAUCGCUACAAUGUGAUACUACAGAAAAAUUGAGAAAUUCUCUGGAUUACUUGAGAUCUUUAUUAAAUGAGCCUACCAAUUUUAAACUUAUUUAUAGAUAUGCAUUUGACUUUGCACGGGAAAAGGACCAGCGCAGCCUAGACAUAAACACUGCCAAGUGUAUGUUGGGCCUUCUUUUAGGAAAAACAUGGUCUCUUUUUCCAGUAUUUCACCAGUUUCUAGAGCAGCAAUCAAAAUACAAAGUUAUCAAUAAGGACCAAUGGUGUAAUGUUCUUGAAUUCAGCAGAACAAUUAACCUUGACCUCAGUAAUUAUGAUGAAGAUGGAGCCUGGCCAGUAUUGUUGGAUGAGUUUGUGGAAUGGUAUAAAGGAAAACAGAUGACAUAGGAGUUUAACUAUGCACAGCCACUCAAGAGUCACUGUUACCACAGUUAUGUCAACCAUUAGCCAUAAACUGCUAUUUGUAUCAAAGUGCAUGCUGCUUUUCUUGCACUGCGUCCCUUUUGCAGGGAACUUUUGAUGUUUGCUAUUUAACAAGCUAGCUAUGCUUGCUGUGUAGCAUUGUUCUCUUUGAAGGCUGCUUUGCAUUUUGUAUUUACACUACAGAUUGGUGAACUUGCCAGCGUCUUCACUGUGAUUAUGUGUAUAUUGCUGUCUAAAUUUUGUAUAUGUGUAUAAAAAAGCUUCAACUAGGGAUUAUUUCUGCAGAAAUGUAUUGUAAAAAUAAUUGUGGCAUAUUUCUAGUCAUCACUUACAUGUUGAAACUUUAGUUCUUUUGCUUUUCUUUUGGUCUCAAAUGUAGCAUUUCAGAAAACGAAAUGAACAGACUGCUCGGACAUAGUUACGGUGAAGAACUGUUGUCAAUUUUAAUGUUACUGUUUGAGAUGCCAUUUUCUGAGGGGAGAAGACAUGCUGUGACUUUCUUCACGGGAAUUCGCCAAACAACCUAUUGCUUAAUAGGAAUGAAACGUUGGUGUCUUAAAAAAAAAUCGUAUAUAUAUAUAUAUAAAUAUUAAAACACUGUAAUAGUUGUAUAUGCCACAGAUGAUUUCCAUUUGAAGAAAAGAGUGACUUUUUAAUGUUAAAACUGCAGUAGUCAUUACAGGUACAAAUGAACAAAUUAAAGUACCUUUUAAAAAUGGGUUUUAGACUUUUGUAAAUUGCCUUUGGCAUACUCCUUUUAAUUUUUGGUGUACCAAGAGUGUUUGGACUAUGUUGCAAUAUAGUGAAAUUUUAAAGUUCUAGAUAAAAUUAGUGGUCUGGGGAAUAGUCUGCUCACCCCUAUCACAUAGGUAGUGCAGAUUUCUUUUUUUUUUUUUUUUUGAUUUGUAGUAUGAAUCUUUCCCAUGGUCUCUAACUUUGUGUUUCUGAGUAAUUAAACCUAUUAGACUGAAUAGUUAAAAUGUUACUUCUUCUUUCGCGCUGGGGAUUGAAAUUUCCUAGCAGAAUGUCCAUUGCAGGCAAUGGGCAUGCUAAACACCAGCAAUGCAUGACAGUACUUUUUUCUUAGGGACCACAUACAUCAUCCUAUUUUACUAAUUUCCUUAUUUGUAUAGGAGAGUUUUAGUGGUAACUCUGGGGAAGAGGAGUGAGUGGAAUGAUGUUUAAUUUCUGUAUUUUUCUCACAUUGUCUUUGCCUUACCCUUCUUUACUAAAAAAAAUGUUAGUGUUGAUUUUUAUAAAUAGGUUCUUGAAGUAUCCGGUGCUACUAAACGUAGAGUCCUAAGGAUUUAGUGAAAUGUUCCCUAUUCAUUCACGGAACAUUUAACAAAAAAGGGCCAGUGGAUGUUUUGGAACAAGGAAUAACAUUAUUUUUCUGUAGAAAUAUUUGACAAGGUAUUGGCGGUUUUGGUAUUUCUUCAGAAUGCAAUCUAGGGUGCUGGGGGGGAGGAUGUGUCUUCGGUUGAAUGUGAAAUUUUCAGCUGUAUUGAAGGUCCUAUUCUAUUAUAACUGAGUUUGGGAACAACUGUCAUUAACUUGACUACUUUGGGGGCAAGGUCUAGUUUAGCAAAUGCACAUUCACUGCUGUCCUGGACUGGGAGGUUGAACCUGUGCUAUGGGGUGGUCAAACUGUUCAAAUCUCUGUUUUGUUGUUGAUGGUUUUUGUUUGUCAGACUAAGCUGCCAAAGACAAAAAUUGUUUGUGUGUGUUUGUGUAUAUUUGUAUAUACAUAAAUAUACAAUCUGUAUACAUAUACAAACCCUAGAAUUUCAAGAUGCUGAUGAGAAAUUACUACCUUUCCUCAUGAAAUAUUCAUGUCUGGAUUUCCAUGAAACUAAAUAAAUAGCAUUCUGUAAAGUUAGUAAUGGUAAAACAUACAUAGUCAUUGCUUUUUUCUUGUCCUAAUACACAUAACCUUAAUUCCACAUUGGAUGCCAGUUUGCACAAGAAUCUAAUUCAGUGGAGUGCAGUAUUUAAUGUUUACAGUAAGCCUCUUACUAAAACACACAUUUUAUUAAGACUUCUGAUGUAAAUGUGUACAUUACCAUAGUAUAACCAUAGUAAAUAUCAGUGGAACUGCUGGUUUAGUUUGUAAAACAAUUAACUUCGAAGUAAUAUAACUCCUAACAUUAGGCUAAAUUGUGUUUGCUAAAAUUUUAAGUGAAAUACUGGAGUUGUUCUUAAAAGGUAGGCUAGUUACUGACUCUAGAAGACUGUUUAGCGCAAAUUGGCGUGAAUAUUGCUAAAAUACAAGGUUUGCAUAAAAAGUUUUGUAUGGCACAAAUAAUUUGGCUUCCAAUAAAGGAAGCAAGAGCCAAAGACACUUUUAAUCUAUUAUUUUUAUAGGUUUAUUAUUUUCACAUAACAGGGUCAACAGAAAUCUCUUCAGUUAAGCAGGUGUUCUUUUUCCAAGUUUUGCUAAAGUUUAGUGGAAUACAAAAUUUGACAGUGAAGUAAAUGGAGGAAAACAAAGCUCAGAAAGUAUUCAUGCUGUAUAAACAAACUCUUCAUUUUUUUUUCUUUGGGUAAAAGUGAUUGGGAUUGAUGGAAAGGAAGAAUGUGUUUAGAAAUGGAUUAGAUACUGCAGAUACUAUCUUCCGAUUGCAACCAAGAUGAAUCUGUAGUCUUCAGCUGGCUUAUAACAGGUAACUUCAUAGAAUAAAUCACAAAUGCAAGUUGACAACUUACAGAGACAGAAAUGGACUGAAACAGACAUGUAUGGCUUGAUAACUGUCCACGUGUUACUCAUCCUUCUGUUUUUGCAAUGUUUGCUGACCAGCAAAGGAGCCAAACAUUGCUAGUCAUGUAUUUUGCAGAAAUUCCCUCUAGUUUUUACAUAAUUGUGGAAAUGUAACGAAGCCAGACAAUUUACCUUGUAUUUAGUACAAGUUUGGUGUUUGCUUUUUUGUUUGUUAUGCUGUCAUAUAAUUAGUGUGCUGUUCCCCUCCCUCCCCCCUCCAUUUGAACAAUAAUAUCCAAAAUAUCCUGAUGCCUUUAACAAGAUACCGAGAGGUCAUUCUGGCAGAAAUGCCACAAGUCUUGUGCUAAUCCUUCUGGGGUAAUAUAACUGCACUUAUAGCAGAAACUUGAUAGUCUGUGUUCAAUUCAUGCUUGGUAUUGGAAAGAAGUAAAGUAGAAAGCCAGUUAUUUAAAGGAAAACAGCAUCCAGAGACACUUUAAGUUGAUAGAUGACAAACAUUUGGAGCUCCCUACUAUUCAAGUAACUGUAGAGAAUAUUAGUAACAGAAACAUUUCACAAAUUAAAUUUGUGUAUAUUUCAUUUUACAGCAAGAUAAUAUAAUUUUAAAUAUUAAUUUUAAUUCUUUUUCAAGAAAGUUGAGGAGGAUGGAAUUUCUUGGAAUUCUUUACAUACUUGAGCUUUCAGCUAAACCUGUUUAAGGUUGCCUUUAAGCUACGAUAAAUAUUUGGGUCACCUUUGUGUGGCUUUUUGACACAUGUAGAGGACUGGAGACUUGCUCCAUUUUAUCACAAAUACAUGCAUUUUAUUUCAUCACAAAUACACUUGCACAAUCAAAAGUAGUUUUAGCUCAUUGUUACUUGGUUAAUAUUCCCAAGUUACCUUUUUUGGAGGCCAAAAAAGUGGAUUUCAGUUGUGUUCCGGUUUUCCCAGAUUUCUGUGGACUCUUGGUCACAAGUCUAACAUUGUUGAAUACUCUUGAAAUUCAUGUAGACAGCUUUAAAGGUUAGCUUGUGCCCUGCUUUUAAUUAUAACUGCUAAAAUACCUCUUUAGAAGCCUUAUAGCAAUAUGAAAGGAUAAAAUAUAAAAGCAUGUAGAAUCCAGCCACCAACUAAAGAGUUGUCUGUAAUUGAGACUGAAACGUGGGGUUGUUUUUUAAUAUUUUUUCCCCUCUGUGUGUAUGUGUGUUGUCACCAAAUAGUUCUUACUGACACUGCUGUUGUAGGAACAGCAGUUAACCUGUAAUUGUGAAUGCUUUAUGGUUUAGCUACUUGGAUAUUACAUAAGGUGUGCUAAACUCCUGUGACUUACAACCUAGUGAAAAUACUGUUACGCCACCCAACAUGAGUUCACCUGACUGAUUUUUAGGUCGUUUGCUGGUGUUGAUGUAAAAUGGCAUCUCACAAAUAAACAGUAUUUGUGUUGGUUUCA